AAAUUCAGUUGGCAUUCGUCUUCAAGCUGUAAGCAAGUAAGCACGAGUCUAGUGAUAUCUGCUAAAAAUCCGGCAACUAAGGAUUAACUGCCAUUAUAUCAACGUUUGAUAAGCAGUUGAAUAAAAGUGAACGUGUGGUUGACUAAUUGAUAUGGAUACACAUUGUUGUGGUCUAAAACAAUAAAAGUCUUAUUUACAAUACAACAAGUCGUAUAAAAAUAGUGGUAAACUUAAUAGAAGCAACAAUGCCGGUGAAGGAGAUACUCCAGCGAUGCAGGCCGAUACCCCUGUACACCGUACUAGUGCUAUCAAUCUGCUACUUUGUAUUGCAGUUAGUAUUCAGCCACUUGACACAUGGACUCACCCUACUGAUGGCCUCCCAUCACAAUCUGUGCAACAUUUUUGCCCUUGGUGGGUGCAUCCUCACAAUUAAGCAUAGUAAACAAAAACCGGAGGCAAAAGAUUCUCCGCCGAUUCACACCAAGGAAAAUGGCAAUGAUCCGGGUAUGGUUGUCAGUCUGGCCGAAACGGAUGCACAAGCCCAGGCUAAAAGGGAAUGCCGAGAGCAGAAGCUACGCAAUACAUUUGGCUGGGCCAGGAUCGAUAUAUUGACCAUGCUGAUUGUGUUCAUUAUCCUGGCCUCGUUAUCUUUCUCGCUAGUGGUGGAGGCUCUACAAACUCUAGUUCACAUUGAUCACCAAGAUACGAUGCAUUUACCGAUUCACGUGAUGAUGGUGGGAUUUCUGGGCCUCAUCCUAAAUGGAGUGACAUAUCUGUUAAUUGGAGGUUACACCCUACAUCAGGGAAGCUUUCUCCACCUGACACCUGGAGGUAAUGUGGUGCUCGAGCGUCCAAUGUCCAGUAACUUGGAUCUAUCCCUAACUCCGAUGCAAAGGCAACUCAGUAAAUCGCGGAAUGAUCGUCAGUUACGCGAUGAUUUGGAGGCAGAAUUUGGUAGUGUUUACUUCGCCACCAAACGCCAGGGAGCCGUGGAAAUGUUUCGUGAUGUGUCCAGUACCAUAUUUGUGAUCGUAUGUGCUGCGAUCGUCUAUGUAGCGGAAGAUGAACAGCAUACGGCUAAAUUUAUUGAUCCCGUGCUCUCCAUCUUCUCCUGUGUCCUGUUGGUGACCCUCAGUUAUCCUUACAUGAAAGAAUCCUGCCUGAUCCUUCUGCAAACCAUUCCUGGGUCUAUCGAUUUGGAGAUCUUUGAGCGUACUCUGGUCACUAAGUUCCCGGAGAUUGUCAGCUAUCAUGAUUUGCACAUAUGGCAAUUGGCUGCCCACCGAUACGUGGCAACCAUACACAUCCAGUUCCAGAAUCCUAAGCUCUACCUCAAGAUCAUCGAACAGGUUCGGGCAUAUUUCCACGAUCAAGGAAUCGGAGCGGUUACAAUACAGCCAGAGUUUUAUCCGUCCACGAAUAAGAAUGCCUCUGCCUCGCUGGAGUGCCUAAUGCAAUGUCAGGCGGUUGAGUGCAUUGAGAAAGUUUGCUGCAGGGAUUCCCGAACCGAUCUUCGGGAGGUUUGUGAUGCUCCCGGAGGCAGAAUAUCAUCUUCUCCAGCCAAAUGUCAAGGAAAUGGUCACGACCAUAGCAAGACCAAAUCCAAAUCCUGUGCCGAACUAAGUGCAGUGGUUGUGGAGAAACCCAAGGAGCUGAAUGCAGGUCAGCUGCUAAAGAGCCAAGAUCAGACAGUGGCUAAAUCCAUGCCUAAGCUGGAAGCCACUUGCUUGGAUACACCUCCAACGAAAGCAGAUACAACUAAACCAAAAGACAGUCCAACGAGUAGUGAUUGAUUAUAUUUUAAUGACUAUAGUAUUGUAUCAAUGUUUAACGAUUUUAGAUAUCUCUUAAGUUAAUUUAAGAAUUUGCCAUAUAGAUAUAUGGAUAUGUAGUUUGUCUUCCGUUUCUCAUUUACUUUUCGUAUUGCAUUUUCUCAUCAUUUCAUGAUUUUAAAAAUUCUCUAUUACUCCCCAUCUUGUGACAAGAAAAGACCUACACAUUGCCCAUUUGUGCAGUAAAUUACAGAGUUUUAAGUUUUAAGAUACAUUUACUUAUUAUGUAUAUGUUGGACUACAGAUGUGUCUGAUAAUUUACAACCAAAAGAUUACAACAUUUGACGUGUCAUUAGCUAAGCAUUUUUUAUAAAUACAUGUAUAUAAAAAUA